AUGGCGGAUGAAAGUUUGCACACAAUGCCGCUGGAGCAUAAUAUAGACUUUCAUAUUGUGACAUUGUUCGAGCGCCUGGAGGCGAUGCGCAAGGACUCGCACGGCGGUGGCGGCAACAAUCGUCUGUCUAGCACGCUGCAAGCGCCCAAGCGAAGCAUGCAGGCGGAGAUACGUACCCUAGAGUUCUGGAGAUCCAUCAUCAGCGAAUGCUUAGCUUCGUUCCUGUAUGUGUUUAUCGUUUGCGGCGCAGCUGCGGGCGCCGGCUUGGGUGCCAGCGUUUCGACUGUAUUGUUGGCCACGGCUCUGGCCUCCGGUCUCGCGAUGGCGACGUUAACUCAAUGUUUUCUCCAUAUAUCGGGAGCCCAUAUUAACCCCGCUGUCACCCUAGCCUGCUGUGUGGUGCGAACUAUAUCUCCAAUACGUACUGCCAUGUAUAUAACCGCACAGUGUGGCGGCGGAAUUGCAGGCGCUGCUUUGCUCUAUGGCGUUACUGUACCCGGUUACCAGGGUAAUCUCCAGGCGGCGAUUUCACACAGCGCCUCGCUGGCCGGCUGGGAGCGUUUCGGUGUGGAAUUCAUACUCACAUUUGUUGUUGUGCUCUGCUAUUUCGUCUCCACCGACUCCGUUAAGAAGUUCAUGGGCAAUUCGGCAAUAUCCAUUGGCACGGCCUACAGUGCCUGUUGCUUUGUGUCGAUGCCCUACUUGAAUCCAGCACGCUCGUUGGGUCCUUCAUUUGUGCUGAACAAAUGGGACAAUCAUUGGGUGUAUUGGUUCGGUCCGCUUGUUGGUGGCAUAGCCUCCGGCCUGGUUUACGAAUACGUUUUUAAUUCGCGUCGCAAUCUGCGCCAUGCCAAGGGCAGCAUCGACAACGACUCCAGUUCCAUACACUCCGAGGAUGAGCUUAACUACGACAUGGAUCUGGAGAAGCCCCAUAAGUAUCAGCAGGCAACGGGCGGGUAUCCACGAGGACAGAGCAAUGGCGGCGCUGUGGGUGGUGCUCCGCAUGCAGGUGCCAAUAUGGCUCAAAUGGCAGGUGUGGGAGUGGUCGGUGGUGCUGGCAACUAUUGUCAGAAUCUGUAUACCGCACCACCACUCUCCAGCAAGUAUGAGCAGCAGGAGCCGCUCUAUGGUGGCACUCGUUCGCUCUAUUGCCGCUCGCCUACACUCACGCGCAGCAAUUUGAAUCGAUCCCAGUCGGUGUAUGCCAAGAGCAAUACGGCUAUUAAUCGGGACAUUGUGCCCAGACCGGGACCCCUGGUGCCCGCACAGAGUCUUUAUCCGAUGCGUACGCAACAGCAGCAGCAGCAGCAGCAGCAACAACAACAACAGCAAUCGUCGCAUCUACAAAAUCAGAACCUGCAGAAUCAGAUGCAGCAGCGAUCGGAAAGUAUAUACGGUAUGCGAGGUUCUAUGCGCGGACAGCAACAACCGGCACCUAUGCAGCAGCAAUCCCAACAACAGCAACAGUCCCAGCAGCAACAGCAGCAGUCACAGCAGCAGCAACAUAUGCAGGGACCGCCACCCCAACAGGUGCAGCCGCUGAUUUCGGAGGUACAGCCACAGCAGCAGGGCUUCCAGCCGGUCUACGGCACCCGCACGAAUCCUACGCCCUUAGAUGGUAAUCACAAGUUCGAGCGACGCGGUCUAGGCGAUGCUCAGCUCUAUGGCAUGACUAGUGCACCGCGCAAUCGCGGCCAGUCUGCGCAAUCCGAUGAUAGUUCCUAUGGCUCGUAUCAUGGCUCAGCCGUCACCCCGCCCGCACGUCAUCCCAGCGUGGAACCCUCACCGCCGCCGCCACCCAUGCUGAUGUAUGCACCGCCCCCACAGCCCACAGCCGCUCACCCACAACCCAUACGCACCCAAUCCGAACGCAAGGUGAGCGCACCUGUGGUGGUGUCACAGCCGGCAGCUUGCGCGGUUACCUACACCAGUCCACAGGGCACAACAACAACAGCCACAACCCAACAGCAGCAGCAGCAACAGCAACAACAGCACCAGCAACAGCAACAAAUGUUACUUCAACAGCAGCAUCAGCAACAGCAACAACAGCAGCAGCAACAACAACAACAUUAUAGCAUGCUGCCAUUGCGACCGAACUGA